UAACCAAGUAAAAGAUGAAGCACAACAAUGUUAUACCCAAUGGGCACUUCAAGAAGCAUUGGCAAAACUAUGUAAGGACUUGGUUCAACCAGCCAGCUAGAAAAACAAGGAGACGUGCUGCUAGACAGCAGAAGGCUGUGAAGAUUUUCCCUAGGCCAACUGCGGGAUCACUUCGACCUAUUCUUCAUGGACAAACACUGAAAUACAACAUGAAAGUCCGGGCUGGGAGGGAAUUUUCUCUUGAAGAACUGAAAGUAGCUGGUAUUCCCAAGAAACUAGCACCAACCAUUGGCAUUGCUGUUGAUCAUCGCCGCAGGAACAACUAA